CUCCCAGUUGAGCUAACUUGCCGUUAGUCUGUGAGAGGGGCAGCUGGCGGUCUCUUCUCUGCUCGGCUCACUAGCUAGCAAUGGCGCUGCGGGCUGGCCACCUCUGCUCUCCGUGUCUACUCGCGGCGGCUUUGUUAAUGCUUGCUAGCGGGCCACAGUUUGUAAUUUGUUGUCCGAGUCGCUGUUUAUGUUUCCGAACCACCGUGAGAUGUAUGCAUCUAAACUUGGAAGCCGUACCAGCAGUUUCUCAUCAGACUACCAUUCUAGAUCUGAGGUUCAACAAAAUCAAGGAUUUACAACCAGGUUCCUUCAGACGAUUAAAGAACCUCAACACACUCCUCCUCAACAACAAUCAUAUACGAAGGAUCCCCAGGGGGGCAUUUGAAGACUUGGAAAACCUCAAAUAUCUCUAUUUGUACAAGAAUGAAAUCCAAUCAAUUGACAGACAAGCAUUUAAGGGGCUUGUCUCUCUUGAGCAACUGUACCUGCACUUCAACAACAUUGAGUCUUUGGAACCAGAAUCAUUCACUCACCUACCAAAGCUGGAACGACUGUUUUUGCACAACAACAGAAUCACCCAGCUAGUCCCGGGAACCUUCUCUCAUCUUCAGGCCAUGAAGCGAUUGCGACUGGAUUCCAAUGCAUUAAACUGUGACUGUGAGCUGCUGUGGCUGGCUGACCUGCUGAAGCAGUAUGCUGAGUCGGGCAAUGCCCAGGCUGCUGCCACCUGCGACUACCCCAGCCGCCUGCAGGGCAGAUCGGUGGCAACACUCACCGCUGAGGAGCUCAACUGUGAGGUACCCAGGAUCACCUCAGAGCCCCAGGAUGUUGAUGUUACGUCAGGGAACACUGUCUACUUCACUUGUAGGGCCGAAGGCAAUCCUAAACCACAGAUCAUCUGGCUCAGGAACAACAAUGCUCUAAACAUGCGUGAUGACAGUCGUCUGAACCUGCUGGAAGACGGGACACUGAUGAUCCAAGACACCAGGGAGACGGACCAGGGAGUCUACCAAUGCAUGGCCAAAAACGUGGCCGGGGAGGUCAAGACUUCACAGGUCACACUGCGAUAUUUUGGAGCCCCCUCACGGCCGAGUUUUGUGAUCCAGCCCCAGAACACUGAGGUGCUGGUGGGAGAGAGUGUGACCCUGGAGUGCAGUGCCACAGGCCAACCGCAGCCCCGGGUCUCCUGGACAAAGGGCGAUCGGACACCCCUGCCCAACGAUGCUCGCAUCAACAUCACCCCCUCCGGAGGGCUUUAUAUCCAGAACGUGGUCCAGGCUGAUGGGGGACAGUAUACCUGUUUUGCUUCCAAUAAUGUUGAUACCAUACACGCUACAGCGUAUAUCAUUGUACAAGCGAUCCCCCACUUCACUGUCACGCCACAGGACCAGUCAGUCCUGGAGGGUCACACGGUGGACUUCCCCUGCGAGGCAAGUGGUUACCCCCAGCCGGUCAUUGCCUGGACACGUGGGGGCAGUCCAUUACCCCUAGACCGCCGUCACAUGGUUCUGUCUUCCGGUACUCUCCGCAUCACUCGGGUUGCAGCCCAUGACGAGGGCCAGUAUGAGUGCCAGGCGGUCAGCCCUGUGGGGACUGUGCGCACCGCUGUGCAGCUCAGCAUCCAGCAGAGAGUAACGCCUGUUUUCACAAAUGCUCCAAGGGACCUGACGGUGGAGUCUGGCCAGGAUGUCCAGAUUCCCUGCAGCGCUCAGGGCCAGCCACAACCUGUCCUCACCUGGAACAAGGAUGGUGUGCAGGUGACAGAGAGUGGCAAGUUCCACAUCAGCCCCGAGGGUUAUCUGGAGGUGAAGGACGUGGGCACUGCUGAUGCUGGACGCUACGAGUGUGUGGCCCGCAAUCCCAUCGGCUACCAGGUUGCUAGCAUGGUGCUUACUGUCACAGUUCCUGCGGUCAGCAGAGAGGGGGACACCUUUGUGAGCACGUCCAUAGAGCAGGCCAUUCGAAAUGUGGACAGUGCUAUUGAGUCAACGAGGAGACGUCUCUUUGAUGGUCAGCCUCGUACCCCAGGAGAAUUGCUAGCUCUUUUCCGGUAUCCACGGGACCCCUACACAGUGGAGCAGGCACGUGCCGGGGAGAUCUUCGAGCAGACUCUUCUGCUCAUCCAGAACCACGUCAACCAGGGUCUCAUGGUCGACACCAACGGCACUGCAUUUCGCUACAACGACCUGGUGUCCCCUCACUUUCUGGAUGUGAUUGCCAACCUGUCUGGUUGCACAGCCCACCGCCGCUUCAACAACUGCUCUGACAUUUGCUUCCACCAGAAGUACCGUAGCCACGACGGGACCUGCAACAACCUGCAGCACCCUAUGUGGGGCGCCUCACUCACUGCCUUCGAACGGCUCCUGAAGUCAGUCUAUGAUAACGGCUUUAACCUGCCUAGAGGUGCUACUGAGCGGCUGCAUAAUGGAUACAGGUUGCCUCUGCCGAGGCUGGUGUCCACCACCAUGAUUGGAACAGAGACCAUCACUCCUGAUGACCGCUACACUCACAUGCUGAUGCAGUGGGGUCAGUUCCUAGACCACGACUUGGACUCAACAGUGGCGGCCCUCAGCCAGUCCCGGUUCUCUGACGGCCAACUGUGCACUCAGGUCUGCACCAAUGAUCCACCAUGCUUCCCAAUCCAGUUUCCACCCAAUGACCCACGGCAGCUCCGAAGUGGUGCCCGCUGCAUGUUCUUCGUCAGAUCCAGCCCUGUGUGCGGCAGUGGGAUGACUUCUCUUCUCAUGAACAGCGUUUAUCCAAGAGAGCAAAUCAAUCAGCUGACCUCUUACAUCGAUGCUUCAAAUGUCUACGGCAGCUCACGGCAUGAAUCUGAGGAAAUCCGCGAUUUGGCCAGCCAAAGGGGUCUUCUACGCCAAGGCAUCAUCCAGCGAACAGGGAAGCCACUUUUGCCAUUUGCUACCGGACCACCCACUGAGUGUAUGAGGGAUGAAAAUGAGAGUCCAAUCCCGUGUUUCUUAGCUGGAGAUCACCGUGCCAAUGAGCAGCUUGGUCUGACCGCCAUGCACACGGUGUGGUUCAGGGAACACAACCGCAUAGCCACAGAGCUACUGAGACUGAACCCCCACUGGGACGGGGACACCAUCUACCAUGAGGCCAGGAAGAUAGUUGGGGCCCAGAUGCAGCACAUCACAUACAAUCACUGGUUGCCAAAGAUCCUGGGUGAGGCAGGCAUGAAGAUGAUGGGGCCAUACACUGGUUACGACCCCAAUAUUAACGCCGGCAUCCUCAGUGCUUUCGCCACUGCUGCUUUCCGCUUCGGGCACACCCUCAUCAACCCAAUCCUCUACAGGUUAGACGAGGACUUUCAGCCUAUCCCCCAGGGACACAUCUCUCUGCACCGGGCCUUCUUCUCCCCAUUCCGCAUCGUGAAUGAGGGUGGCAUUGACCCACUCCUUCGUGGGCUCUUUGGUGUCGCUGGUAAAAUGCGGGUUUCCACACAGCUGCUGAAUACGGAGCUGACAGAGAGGUUGUUCUCCAUGGCUCACGCUGUGGCUCUGGACCUAGCUGCCAUGAAUAUACAGAGAGGAAGGGAUCAUGGCAUACCACCGUAUAAUGAUUACAGGACCUUCUGUAACCUGACCUCAGCUCAGACGUUUGAUGAUUUGAGGAAUGAAAUUAAGAAUCCUAGUGUCAGAGAGAAACUGCAGAGACUUUAUGGCAUUCCCCUGAACAUCGACCUGUUCCCUGCACUGAUGGCUGAAGACCUGGUCCCUGGCAGUAGAGUGGGGCCCACCCUCAUGUGUCUGCUGGCAACUCAGUUCAAACGCCUGCGGGAUGGAGACAGGUUCUGGUAUGAAAACCCGGGGGUGUUCACUCCUUCUCAGCUGACCCAGUUGAAGCAGGCCUCUCUGACACGAGUGCUGUGUGACAAUGGGGACAACAUCACACGCGUCCAGCAGGACGUCUUCAGGGUGGCCGAGCUGCCCCAUGGCUACGGCAGCUGUGACGACAUCCCUCAUAUCGACCUGCGCAUGUGGCAGGACUGCUGUGAAGACUGCAGAACCAAGGGUCAGUUCAACGCCCUGUCAUACCACUUUAGAGGACGCAGAUCAGCUGAGCACAGCUACAAAGAGGAUAGACCUGCCAACAGCAUCCAGGAGAACAGCCCAGUGGACGAAGCUGUAGAAAGUCUUGUAAAUGUUACUGUGACCUCCAAAAAAAGCACUGAACCCUCAAUCAGCGACUUCCAGGACUUUGUCUCCGACAUGCAGAAGACAAUCACAAGUUUACGAAAGCAAAUUAAAAGACUUGAGACCCGUCUGAGCAAGACUGACUGCACUGACAGUGAGGGACGUGAGCGAACAGAUGGAGAACGGUGGAAAAAGGACUCCUGCACCAUAUGUGAAUGCAGAGAUGCCCAGGUGACGUGCUUUGUGGAGUCUUGUCCACUAGCCGAGUGCAAACGGCCCGUCAAGCUAAAAGGCGCCUGCUGCCCGGUGUGCCUUGAACAGGCAGAUGUUGAGGAGCGGCACAAAGCAGACGCCCGCCACGAAUAACCCUCAGGACCCCCCCGACAAACACAUUCUAGUGGCUCAAAGUCAUACACUCACACACAGACAUCCAGAGAGAAGAUGAGACUCAUGAAGGUGUGCUAAUCCACAGCCACCAAUAGCCUCGAUAGACCCAAUAGCCUCAGUUUUUGUUUUGUUUCAUUUUGUAUUCCUUUGUGUUGAUCAGGGGAGGGGGGUGAUUUUUCUUUUCUUUUUGGAUUGUUGCCCCAUGCAGGGUCAGCAGCCUGAGGCUCGGUUUGAAAUCCUCUGGCAACCAGCGAGCGAUCACUAAAUGGAUUUAUUUCUGAAUCAACGGGUGGAUGGAUGGAUGAAUGGGUGGAUUGUAAACAAGAGGGACACACCUCUUCUCCUUGCUCGGAGUCCACUGAGGCUUCUGAAAUGUAACAAACAGCUACUGUGUUUGCUCUCCUGCGACUAACACUUGGUGACAAAACGCAGGGCCACUUGUCGCCAACAAGCAGGAAAGGGAAGUAGAUUGAAAGGCAGCAGCCAUUUUGUUUUCUCACAAAAGUUUCUCAGGUUAGAGAUGCCGAAAACUGGUGCUAUUUCCCCCCUUUUUUAUUAAUGAAUUAAUCACUAAAUACAAACCUUCAAAGUAUUGUCUUUUGUAUGCAAAGCAACUUAUAUACACUCAGUAUAUGCCUGUUUAUGAUAAAUCACAGUUGAGAGGAUGGUUUUAUUGAAACUAAAAGACUUUUUAUGAAUAGAUUUACUUCAUCUUUUAAUCCAAGGUGCUUUAUAUCAUGUUAUGAAUAUGUAUUUUUUUUCCUCCCUUUUUGUAUAAAAAUGCUUACAUAUGAAGAUAAUGUGAAGCCCUACGAAAAUGUUUGUAAUGCAAAAGAGAUGUCUACUGAUUACUGCUCCUCUAUUCAUGGACGACUUGUUAGUUAACUUACUUAUUGUCUCUGCUGGCCUGUCCUGAACUUGAGUGAGGUGGAGCCGUGUAGCGCUCCCCAUUGCAGGACACUCAAACCAGCUCUUGCACUGUGGUGCGCCUUUCCAAGUUUCAUUUUGCUUUCAGAAAGCAGUGAAAGAAUAUCCAUUUUUACCACUGUAAUGUUGUGAACAUUGUCCCAGUUUUUUCCUCAGUCUUCUAAAGCCAAAUGUAUGAUUUAGUAACUUCUAAAAUGACAUAGAAAGCACAUGUCUAUCUAUGAAACUAUGUAUGAAUGUUGUUAUGAGGUCAGGAUUUAGCCUAGCUAGCUACCUAGUUCUACACACAGCAGUAUUCUCCUUCUGGCCUGCUCACAGUUUUGUUUGUUUUUUUGUUCAUUUAUAGUCUUUCGUCCACAGACUACACACAAUUGAAGGACUGUUAUCAUACCUGUUGACUGUUCUUCUCUGCUGUUGUGGACCUGCAGCUCUCUAGCUCCAGUUUAGGAUACGCUUGCAUGCAUUCUUUUGUCAAGCAUCCACUCUGACGUCACCUUUUCCUUCUUUUAAGUUUUUGCUCAUGUGUGUUCAGUGUUUGGAUAUUACCCCCCUGUGAGUACCGUCUUCAGUGUUGAUAUAGGUUGGGAAUGCUCGCCCUGAACAUGUUUCUUUGCCAUGUUAAAGAUUUUGAGACUGGGGUGACGUCUUUCAGCAGAGCAUGUGUGGAGCGCAGGCUUCUCUAGCCCGCUGACCCUCAUUCCACUGUAAUGGAAGCCAUAUGAGAGGGGAAGCAAGGGUAAUGCUGGGGGAUGGGUGCUGAUGAUUGGGAUACAGUGUCAAUCAAAACAAGUCUCCACCAUUUUGCAAUUGUGAGACAGAUUUACGCCACUGACUCCUGUCAGCUGGCCUUACACAUGUACUGUACAUAGACAAAUGCCACUCAUUGUGCCCCAUGCACUGGCUCACUUAGUGUAACAUAAGUCAAGUUUUUGUUUUCCUGUUUUGCUUUUGUCCUAAUUAUGGUGAAGCGGCUGCAGCUGCAGUGUCCCUUUCCAUUGUUUUCUUUAUGUGGUAACGUCCUGAGCAAGCAUCUGUCACUAAACAGAAAUAAUACUCUCCGGAAUGUUCCGUUCAGGAUUCCAGAUGGAUUACGGGGCUGGCAGUCACACUGGUAAAUUGGUAUCAUAUCAUAUGUUUAAAUAUACUGGACAGGUUUGUACGUCAAACUGUGUGUUUACAGUUGUGUAUUUUUCUCCCCAUUACUUUCUGAUUGUGGUUCCUCCAACAAUGCCUGUAUGUACACAUCCUAUUCAUGUGCUCCAAUGUGUGUAUGUAAUACCGAAUUUAGUAUUUUGACCUGUUUUUCAUAAACUUUGUGUAUGAAUGAGUGUGUGUGUGUGUGUGUGUGUCUGUCUCAUUAACAGGCUAAAAUGCAUUUUGGCGUCCCAAAGUUUGGCUGUCAAAGCACUGUGAGCUCUCUUUGUUACCAAUCUUUAUACACAUAUAUCUGUUGUAUUAGUUCGUUUUUAUUUUCAUCAUAGUUUCCUCUCUUUUUAUUUCCACCCAAAAAACUAAAUGUCAAUGGAAUGCACUACUCUGCAAGACUAAACAUGCUUUACCUACACUGUCCCUUAACCAGUGGUCAAUGUGGAUAUAAUAGUACCUAUCAUGACAUUUGUAUUGUACGUUUGCCAAAGAAUGGUUUGCACUGUAAUGUAUGCCUCUCGACAGUAAUAAUAAACAAAUAAGCCACAUUUGAAUUACA